CCUCAAGCCUUACAUCGGAACUUCGACGCGUGAAUAGCGGAGUAAUACCUCUCAACCUAUCGUAUUUAGUUCAUUUUGCAGCAAGAUGCCUUCUUACAUACUUCAUCCGAGUAAAGAGCAGGCUAAGUGCUCAGCAGCCCCGAUGACAAAUCCUAUGAUGUCGCCGGUCGAGCUAAAGGGCGUGCAUACAUCAUAGGGAGCUACAUAGUCUACCUAAACAUCUCCUUAGCCGAUCAUCAUAACUGACACAACAAAUUGACGGCCAGAAGACUCGAAGAACAAACUCGCGAAAUGUCCACCCAAAAAGCCGUGGUCCACGUAUCGCAGGGCGUCUCAGAGCUCCGCUCCGACGUCCCCCUCCCAGAAGUUCAGGACAACUUCAUUGUCGUCAGAACCAAGGCCGUAGCCCUCAAUCCUACCGACUGGAAGAGCAUCGAGAACACUCCUUCAAAGGGAGCAAUCGCAGGAUGUGACUACGCCGGCAUUAUUGAAGAAGUCGGAAAGGGCGUCAAGGACCUCAAGGUUGGCGAUAGAGUCGCCGGAUUCGCGCGUGGAGGAGACCCAGCAGACCACACCAACGGUGCCUUCGCCGAACACAUCAAAGCGAAGGCAGGCAUCCAUGCCAAAAUUGCAGACAAUGUCUCCUGGGAAGAUGCAUCCACGCUUGGUGUGGGCAUCACCACCGUUGGCCAGGGUCUGUACCAAACUCUCGGCCUACCUCUCCCGCCAGCCAAGGUCUCUGAUCCCACGCCGGUACUGAUCUACGGCGCGUCAACCGCCACCGGAACCCUAGCAGUUCAAUUCGCCAAGCUCUCUGGCGCAGAGGUCUUCGCAACCGCGUCGCCACAUAACUUCGAUCUCGUAAAGAAGCUCGGCGCGGACCAUAUAUUCGACUACAACGACCCCGAGUGCGGCACCAAGAUCCGCAAGGCGAGCAAUGACAAGCUGAAGUUGGCGUUUGACUGCAUUGCCGAGCAUGGGAGCGAGAACAUCUGCUGCGAUGCUAUCAGUUCGUCCGGCGGCCACUACUCUGGCUUACUGCCAGGCCCGCUGAAGAAUUUCCCGCGCCAGGAUGUGAAGCAUGGUUGGACCUUCGGGUACACAGCUCUGGGCGAGAAGUUCAACGAGAAGGUGCCUGCCAAGCCAGAAGACUACGAAUUUGGUGUCAAAUACUGGAAGGCGGCUGAGGAACUUUUCAACAGCGGAAAGAUAAAGGCACAUCCGACGCUUGUGAGGGAUGGCUUGGAAGGCGUGCCGCAGGGGUUGAAUGACCUGAAGGACGGAAAGGUUUCGGGAAAGAAGUUGGUGUACAGAGUCGUUUAGGCACCAUCAAAGAGCUGUAUAGUGAAUGCCUAGGCAACGCCAGGACGGGAGCCACGUCGGUGUCAUGACAAUAAUUUUUUUUUCAACAUUGGAAAGUCCUUAAAAUCAGCUGUCUUCACGACUGCCACCACAGACAAUGCAUGCGGCCCGGGCCAGCAGACCCUGAGGAAUGAGCUCUGUAAUCUAGGGCGCGCGUAAGAUGAAUGUUCGUUGAUCG